AAAAGAGCUGUCAUUGAUACGUCACGUUCUCGCGUUUUGUUGCGUUCGCCGUCCGGUGUGGAAAGUUCGUAAAUUCCAUAUUUUUCAACAAAAACCGUACUCUUUUCACUACAAACAUGGUGCAUUACGUGAAAAUGGAAGACGGCAAGGUGAUGCCGAUUCAGGAAAUGCUGAAAAGUAUCGAACGGUACAAUCCGGAACACCUGAAAGUAAUCGAAGCCUACGUAGAGGAGCAGGCUCGCGAGAUGCAGUACGAUCUGGAGGCGAACCUGGCCUGCCUGAAGCUGUACCAGUUCAAUCCGCACUUGCUAAACCUAAACAUUACGUACAUCAUCCUGCUGAAAGCCCUGACCAACUUCCCACACACGGACUUUGUGCUGUGCAAGUGUUUACUGCUGCCCGCACAGAUGAACGACGAGACGGUGAAAGAGAUCAUCUAUCUGGCGAACAUACUGGAAAAGUGUGAUUUCUCGCUGUUCUGGUCUCGCGUUAACCAGCAUCCGGAAAACUUAACCAGCAUCCAGAAGAUCAACGGUUUUCAAGAUUCUAUCAGGAAAUUUGUUUGCCACGUUGUGGGCAUCACAUUCCAGACGAUCGACCGCGGAUACUUGAUGCGGCUGUUGGGUAAUGUGGAGGAAAACGUGUUAAGAGCGUGGUUGAAGCGUUACGGCUGGAAGGAGGAAGGUGGUUUGAUCACGAUCGCUUCCCAGGAGGACAAAAUUAAAACGAAGCACAUUACCGAGAAGAUUGAGUUUGACAACCUAGCACCGUUGAUGGCCAACUGCUUGUAGGCUAGUGUAAAUCCAGCAACGUUCAAACGAAUGUCUCACGAAGAAGAAAUAAACAUUAACCUACACUCUUCUCUAUGAUAA